CUUGGACAGUCGGCAAAGCAGGAAGCGACAAACCACAACACCAAAUUUGGCAAAAUACAACCACAGGAAAUAAUAAUUCAAAGUGCAACACACAAUAUGACACAAAUCAGAGGCCGGUAAUGUAGAAACCUGUACGUUACUAUAAAUAAUUGCCCAAAAACCAAUUCUGAUGAUUAAUUAAGGCCCAACUAGUCGACACAAACGUGUUUAAUUGAUGUUUUUUGUGUGGUUUUGUUGAAAACUCGUCUGUGGGAUUGCUAACCUUACAUUUAUGACAGCUGUCACCCCAUGUGUUUUUCUCUUUUUCUGGCUUAAAACCGCUAAAUGGCUGAUUCCGCCACUGAAUUGUUGCAAUUUGUGCAAAUUGGGGCCCGUCUCGACUUAAAAUCCGUGGCUUUGGGUCACAUUUUAGGUCUUACAGGAACCCCCGCCGGGAUUGCCACCCUCAUCGACAUUCCGGCCGUUUUAGUGUCUUUAAUCACACUUUUGAACGACAAUAAUGCCACAAUCGCCAAAGACUCGGCCCUCAGUCUUGUGAAUAUUUCAGCCGAUGCGAAAGGGGCCCAAAAAUUGCUGGAUUUGGACACGGGAGUGGAUUGUCCGCCGUUGCAGAACCCCCCUAGUGACAUCUCGACGACUGUUAUCAAAUUCGUGUUUGAUCCAAUGAGCAAAAUCGCUGAUUUUUGUUGUAUGAUUCUCUCAAACUUGUCUCGGGUAAACCAUGAAAAAGUCAUCGAUGCGAUUGAGAAAAACGAGAGGGAUUUCGACGAUUUCAUUGAGAUUUUUACCAAGAACAGUUACAAUAAAGUGGGGGCUAAUUUACAUUAUUUGGGGCCCCUUUUAUCUAAUUUGUCGCAAAGUAACCGAGUGAGGAAACACAUCUUGGAUAGGAAUAAGUGUGUGAUUCAGAAAUUGCUCCCUUUUACCGAAUUUAAGGCGUCGCUGGUGCGUCGCGGGGGCGUCGUGGGGACCCUCCGCAACUGUACUUUCGACGCCGACUUUCAUGAGUGGCUCUUGAGCCCCCACGUCGAUAUUCUCCCCCGUUUUCUCCUCCCCCUGGCCGGAAACGAGGAAUUCGAUGAGGAAGACAACGAUAAACUCCCCCUUGAUCUUCAGUAUUUACCCGAAGACAAGACCCGAGAGGAGGACCCCGAUAUCAGGUGUAUGCUACUCGAAGCUUUGACACAGUUGUGUUCCAAGAGAAAAAACCGGGAAUUUAUUAGAGAGAAAAACACUUAUGUGAUUCUAAGAGAGUUACACAAGUGGGAAAAAGACAAGAAAGCGUUAUUGGCCUGUGAGAAUUUGGUCGAUAUUUUGAUACGGACCGAAGCGGAGAUUGGGGAGGAUGAUUUGAAGGCACUUGAAGUACCCCAAGAUCUGAGAGAGGGUUUCAGCAAAGCCGAUGAAGAGUUUUUAAAAGAUGAAUAAAUCUAUUUUUACGAGAAA